GCUGGCCGAACCGGCAGAACAGCCCGGGCGUGGCGCGGGCAGCUCGCGGGCUAGCGGGCAGCGCGACGCUGCGCAGCGAGGACAAGGUCCGGGCUCGACGUCCGGCCAGGUAGGUGGCCGGGGCGGGUUGGGGAGACCCGAGCCCCGGCGCAGAGUCGGGAGGGGCCCCGGGUGUGUGCGGGGGGACGGCGAGCUCAGGUGUGCCCGUCCUGGGGCGGGACCGCGCCCGCGCCGGGACAGGCCGGGAUCCCAGCGCCGCAGCCAGCCUUUCUCUUUCCCUCUCCUGCCGCCACACCUGACUCACCUCCUCUGCUUCUCCCGGCUCGGGGCCACCGAGCAAGGCCCGAGGUUAGGAGCUCAUCGCACUCCUGCCUGGAGCUGUCAGCCGUCGGCUCCGGGUCUGCCUCCGUGCCGAGGCUCUGCGGAAGUUAGCACGGAGCGGCAGAGUCGGCCAAGGGAUGAGAUCCCCGAGGGAGAGGUAGAUGCAUUCCCUGCCUUCUGGGAGCUCACAGGGCCCUGCAGCAGAGAGGCUCACGGGGCUUAACGCGAGGCAGGACACCGAGGGGAGGUGUGUUGACACUGCCUGCCCCCCUUUUUAAAAAAUGAUGGAGUUGCCAACAGUUGUCAAAGGUGGCAGAGAGAACUGGGGGUAAAGACAGCCCAGUCCCCAGGAGGACAAGGCCAGGCCAACUGGAAACUAGUUCUUGAGCAGCACAGGAUACAGGCAGUCGCCUCGGCAUAGAGCCGCCUCGGCAUGGACAGCCCUGCCCGCCCAGCACCCGCCCCCUCGGCGCUACUCUACUAUGUGGCCUUCUCCCAGCUGCUGGGCCUGGCCGUGGUGGCCAUGACUGGCACCUGGCUCGGUGUGUACCGAGGAGGCAUCGCCUGGGAGAGCGCCCUGCAGUUCAACGUGCAUCCCCUCUGCAUGAUCAUAGGCCUAGUCUUCUUGCAGGGAGAUGCCCUGCUGGUUUACCGUGUCUUCAGGAAUGAGGCCAAACGCACCACCAAAGUCCUGCACGGGCUGCUGCACGUCUUCGCCUUCGUCAUCGCCCUGGUGGGCCUGGUGGCGGUGUUCGACUACCACAGGAAGGAGGGCUACGCCGACCUGUACAGCCUGCACAGCUGGUGUGGCAUUCUGGUCUUCGUCCUCUUCUUUGUGCAGUGGCUCGUGGGCUUUAGCUUCUUCCUGUUCCCCGGCGCGUCGUUUUCUCUGCGGAGCCGCUACCGGCCACAGCACGUCUUCCUUGGCGGCGCCAUCUUCCUGCUCUCGGUGGGCACCGCCCUGCUUGGCCUGAAGGAGGCGCUGCUGUUCGAGCUCGGGACCAAGUACAGCAAGUUCGAGCCCGAGGGCGUCCUGGCCAACGUGCUGGGCCUGCUGCUGGCCGCCUUCGGCGCCGUCGUGCUCUACAUCCUGACCCGCGCCGACUGGAAGCGGCCCCUCCAGGCGGAAGAGCAAGCGCUCUCCAUGGACUUCAAGACGCUGACAGAGGGUGACAGCCCCAGCUCCCAGUGACGCGCGUCCCGUGCCAUCCCGUCCCAUCCCGCGAGGCGGUCUCAGCCGUUUCAGGGCCGCGAUAGGUGUCUGUCCCGCACCCGCCGAGGCUCCGGGGGUGGGGAGUGGGGGUGGGGCAGCCUUCCUCCCUGAGCGCUGAUUUCCGGGGUUCAGGCUCCCUCCGCUUGCCCCUCCUCGUUGCUGCCGCCGCCGCCAUCGUCGUGUUAGUCCUGCGCAGACCCCCGCCCCCAUUGCCCCUACCACCCCCUCAGAUGGAGCAGCUUUGGGUAGGGUUCUGGGCGGUUGGGCCUGGUCGCAGAAGCACAGAUCCCUAAAGGGGUCGGAGAUGCGGGGGCGGCUCCCCGCUCGGGGCAGCCGGGCCUGGGCUGUGUCCGCGGGGCUCAGCGCCGGGCCUGGCGAGGCCAAGACUUGCUUUGUGUGACACCAGGAGUCUUGCGGGCCCAGCCUUUGGCAGCAGAGCAAGUGAUAUUAUAUGUAAAAUAUGCUGGUGUCAGGGCAGGGAUCCCCAGGAGAGGGGAGGGACUGGCCCUUGGGAAGCUCUGGAUGCGUGGCUUAGGCCCAGCUGUGCUCUGCAGCCUUCUCUUUAACCCCUUAGCCCCAGGGCGGCUUUCUUUGCCUUUGGGGCCCAGCAGCCCGAAGAAGAGGCAGGAGGUGGGCCUGGGCGGGCGUGCCGCCUGCAGGGGCUUCCCUCCCCGCGGGGCGGGGCCGGCCUCGGCAAGCCAG